AUGGCGUCGAUACCAGUGAUCGUAAAGCACCAGGGCAAGAAGCACGAAGUCGAGGUCGACCCCUCCUCCAACGGCGAGACGUUCAAGUACCAGCUCUUUUCCAUCACCGGUGUCGAGCCAGAGCGCCAGAAGAUCAUCGUCAAGGGUGGACAGCUCAAGGACGAUGCCGACAUGUCGAAGCUGGGGCUCAAGCCCAAGCAGGUCCUAAUGAUGAUGGGCACGCCAUCCGCAGACGCUCAGGUCAUCGAAAAGCCCAAGGAGAAGAUCAAGUUCCUGGAAGACAUGGAUGAGGCGGAAGCUGCGCAGCUGGAGGGAGCCACACCGGCGGGUCUGCAGAACUUGGGCAACACGUGCUACAUGAACUCCACCGUCCAGGCUCUGAGGUCCAUCCCAGAACUUCAGGAAGAGCUACUGCGGUACUCUUCCUCAAGCGGCAGUGGUGGAUCCUCCAGCUCAGCGGCAGCCCUCAGUCAGUUUGGUCUGGGUGGCCUCGGAGCUAGCAGCUCAGCAGAUCUCACGGGCUCCCUACGCGAUCUUUUCAAGCAAAUGUCCGAGACACAACACGGCGUCCCACCCAUGAUGUUCCUCAACACUCUCCGAACGGCUUACCCCCAGUUCGCGCAAAAGUCAAAGGACGGACACGGCUAUGCACAGCAAGAUGCGGAAGAGGCUUGGUCACAGAUUGUUUCGCAGCUGCGGAAUAAGCUGACAGUCAAGAACGGAGCUGAGGGCAAGUCAGCCGAAUCGUCUUGGAUCGACAAGUACAUGGCCGGCAAAUUCGAGUCCAUCAUGGAGUGCGACGAGCCUGCAGCAAAGGAGGGCGGCGAGGAGCCGGUGUUCAGCGAGGAUCUAUUCCUCAAGCUCAAUUGCCAUAUCAACGUUGAGACAAACCACCUCAGAGAUGGUCUAGCGGCUGGCUUGAAGGAGCAGAUCGAGAAGCGAUCAGAAGUGCUCGGACGGAACGCUGUAUACACCAAGACCUCCCGCAUCGCACGACUGCCGAAGCAUCUCCCCGUACAUUUCGUUCGCUUUGACUGGCGAAAAGACACCAACAAAAAAGCGAAGAUCAUGCGCAAGGUUACUUUCCCGGAUGAGCUGGACGCGAUAGAGUUCUGCACAGAUGAGUUGAAAAAGCUGCUCAUCCCUGUGCGUGACAAGAUCCGCGAUGUCCGCAAGGAAGAGGAGGAUGUCGAGCGCGCUCGCAAGCGCCAGAAGCGCAUGAAGGCUGGAGAAGAGAAUGACCAAGGGCCCAAUGCUAGCAAAGAGCCCCUACAGAAGAAGAAGGACCUUGAGAAGGCAAAAGAAGAUGCUAAGAAGCCCGCCGAGGACACCGAGAUGGCAGAGGUUGAGUUCAAGACUGAUGCCCAGAUUGAGGCUGAGCGCGCAGCAUCUAUUCUGGCCGCGAAGAAGGAGGUCCUUGCACUCGUAGAUCCCAAAUACGGCGCGGACGAGGGUGCCAACCAGACGGGUCUGUACGAGCUGAGGGGUGUGAUCACGCACCAGGGCGCCAGUGCUGACAGCGGUCACUACACGUCCUUCAUCAAGAAGCAGGGCGCGAAGGACCCCGUUACUGGCAAGCGGAAAGAAGAGGACGGCAAGUGGUGGUGGUUCAACGACGAGAAGGUGACAGAGGUUGAGGCAGAGCGUAUCCAGACUUUGUCUGGUGGAGGUCAGAGCCACUCCGCACUUAUCCUCCUGUACCGUGCAGUCUCGCUGCCUGUAGUCGAUGAGGAUGUUAAGAUGGCGGAGUCAUAGGCAUCCAUUUGCAGGCGAAAGAGCACUCGUGCACACAUAGAUUUCAUCACUCAGGUAGUAGCAUUAUGAUGCAUAGCAUCGGCGUUGCAUAAGAGUAUGGACAUGACAUGACAUGACAUGAUUAGUAUGGCUGGAAAACCAAUUUCAAUGAUAUGGAUCUUUCAAAA